CGCGGCGCGCAGCUCCGCGGAGCCCGAGCCCAGCCACAGCCCGCGUCUGAGCCGGCGCUCGCGCCCAGACGAGCGAGCCCAGACAGCGCAGCCUAGGGAGGGGGCUGCCCCAGCCCGGUGCUCUCCCCCCAGCCCCGGGCCCCGGAGACCGGCCUUCCGGGAGGGGAGGCGAAGUCCCGUUGCACGAUCGGGGGAUCAGCAGCCGAGGACGCCCAGGUCCCAGAGCCAACAGGUUCCUAAAGAACCCUUCGCGCCCUCGCUCCCCCGACCGCCGCCCCACAGCCUCCAAGAUGCAGUGAGGUCCCGCUGGGGAAGCAGGUCCGUCGGCGCCCGGUGGGGAAUCUAAACGAGACCCCUCAUGCUCUUCCGGGGGUCUCCAGGGAUCCGCAACCCUCCUACACACAUCCGGGGUCGUCCCGGCUCAGCUUGAGGGGAGGAGGGGUCUGAGCGAGGGAGGAGCAGCGGGGUGCGAGGCCGGAUUUAUGAAUGAAGAGGGCGGCCGGCGCGCCGGUCCAGCGACCCCUGGCGGCCGCCGGGGCUCAUCGCGGUCGAGGGAUUCAAAGCGAGGACUACCUGGGGCCGGGGGUGCUGACCCGCUCAGCCCCCGGGCCUGGGGCUCUCCCCUCGCUUUCAGGGAGGCUGUCAGCUCCCCCCUGCACCUCCACCCACACCGUGUGUGUGCGUGGGUGUGUGUCCACCUGGGAGGGUCUGGCAGGUCUGGUGGGCGGGGCCUGGGUCUCUGAAAGCCUCCUUUGAUCAUUUUUUUUACAACCCCAAAAUUCAGGCCCGUGAACUGACUCAGGAGAGAAGGUGUUUGCAACCAGGAUGGCUUCUCCUUCCUAAGCUGUGGUAUUUGGUGGACUCAGACAGACCAUAGUGGCCUUUUGACUUGAGCAAGGGGCUCAACCUCUCUGAGCUUCUGUCUCUUCUGCAAAGCGGAGCUCUUAAUAGUGGUAACCCGCAAUGGCAAGGAAGCCAGCCAGUUUCUGGGCAAAACCCUUGGCAUUCAUUAGAGCUGAUUUCUCCUUACUGGCCCUGUGAAGCAGGUUCAGUUAUUACUCUACGAGAUAGAUGGGGAAACCAAGGCUGAGAGGUGAGUUGACCAGUUGGUAUGAAGUGGGGAUGCAAGGCUUUCUCGAACCAUUUCAGGCUCAUCCUAACCCACGAUUGUGAGAAUUGAGAGGGCUUAUCUGCACGUAACCCAGCACACUCCCUAAUAUUCCCUUUCUUCCUUCCUUUCUUCAGAAGGUUUGGGGCUGGGACCCUAAACACCUGAGUGCAAGACUGGCCCCCCUCCACCAAGGGAAGUGGGCUGAAGCCUGGCCAGGUGCACCCCUCCCUGGGGAGAGCCUGGGAUGCCCGUCAGCCUUAGUGGCUCCUGAGCUCAUGGAACCCCCAGCCACCCCAGGGCCCCAGAUGGGGGUCCCCACUGAGGGCAGGGAACGGUCCCUGGAGCCUCCAGACUAUGAAGACGAGUUUCUCCGCUAUCUGUGGCGUGAUUAUCUGUACCCGAAGCAGUACGAGUGGGUCCUCAUCGCAGCCUACGUGGCUGUGUUCUUCGUAGCCCUGGUGGGCAACACGCUAGUGUGCCUGGCUGUGUGGCGCAACCACCACAUGAGGACGGUCACCAACUACUUCAUCGUCAACCUGUCCCUGGCCGACGUGCUGGUGACGGCCAUCUGCCUGCCAGCUAGCUUGUUAGUAGACAUCACUGAAUCCUGGCUCUUCGGCCAUGCCCUCUGCAAGGUCAUCCCCUAUCUACAGGCCGUGUCUGUGUCCGUGGCAGUGCUGACCCUCAGCUUCAUCGCCUUGGACCGCUGGUAUGCCAUCUGCCACCCUCUGCUGUUCAAGAGCACUGCCCGGCGUGCCCGGGGCUCCAUCCUGGGUAUCUGGGCUGUGUCGCUGGCCGUCAUGGUGCCCCAGGCUGCGGUCAUGGAAUGCAGCAGUGUGCUGCCCGAGCUAGCCAACCGCACCCGGCUCUUCUCCGUCUGUGAUGAACGCUGGGCUGAUGAUCUCUAUCCCAAGAUCUACCACAGUUGCUUCUUCAUCGUCACCUACCUGGCCCCGCUGGGCCUCAUGGCCAUGGCCUAUUUCCAGAUCUUCCGCAAGCUCUGGGGCCGCCAGAUCCCUGGCACCACGUCAGCCCUGGUCAGGAACUGGAAGCGGCCCUCAGUCCAGCUGGAGGACCAGGGGCAAGGCCUGGGUGCAGAGCCCCAGCCUCGGGCCCGCGCCUUCCUGGCCGAGGUGAAGCAGAUGCGAGCUCGGAGGAAGACAGCCAAGAUGCUGAUGGUGGUGCUGCUGGUCUUUGCCCUCUGCUACCUGCCCAUCAGUGUCCUCAACGUCCUCAAGAGGGUGUUUGGAAUGUUCCGCCAAGCCAACGACCGGGAAGCUGUCUAUGCCUGCUUCACUUUCUCCCACUGGCUGGUGUAUGCCAACAGCGCUGCCAACCCCAUCAUCUACAACUUCCUCAGUGGUCUCCUCUCCCAGCUGUCCCACAGCCCCCACCCGCCUCCACUACCUCCCAGCCUCAGAGUGGAAAGGCCCCACCCCAGCCCCCGCCUGGGCUCAGCAGAGUGUGACUCACCAGACCUCUGACUUGGACCAGGCCUGAGAACCAGAUGACUCUUCAAGCCUGGACACAAAACGAUUUUUGCGAAAACGUUGAAAAGUUAAAGAAGGGGCCAGGGUCAGUAUCUUAGCCUUCACCGAGACUAAAGAAUUACUUAACAAAGGCUAGCCACUGGUUUCCGGCUCAGAGAACAGAAAUGAGCAUGUGCUGGCGAGCAUUCCUUAACUGACUCUACAUUUACUGAGCGCCUACUCUGUGUUGGGGGCUUCCCUGGUGGCUCAGACGGUAAAAAAAUCUGCCUGCGAUGCAGGAGACCUGGGUUUGAUCCCUGAGUUGGGACAGUCCCCUGGAGUAGGGCAUGGCAACCCACUCCAUUAUUCUUGCCUGGAGAAUCCCCAUGGACAGAGGAGUCUGGCAGGCUACAAUCUAUGGGGUCGCAAAGAGUCAGACACAGCUGCAUGUCUAAGCACAGCACUGUGCGCUCAGCCCUCUGCUGGGCACCAGUGUGGCUUGCCAGUGAUGAAACGUGGUUGUUCAGUUACAGCAGUCUAUUGCCUGGGGUCCUCUGGCUGAACAGGUGGCCGUGGUGGUCCCUCCUUCCCCACUGUCCCUCCACUCUCAACUUUAAGUGAAGGGCUUUAGAAUUAGAACGGGGUCCAAAUUCUGCAUGGUGACAGGCCAGCAGACCUGGGUGUCUCAUCAGUGGAGUGAGGAGGAUGAAGGACUCGGGCCCCUCAGGGUGCUGGGGUGAGCUGGAUGAUGAGCCCAGGCACCAGGCACAGCGCCUCGUUUGAGGGCCACUGCUGUGGUCAUCUUCACCACUGCGGGGCAGAGGUGGGCAAAGCCUAGCUGCAGAUGGUGAGCCCUGAUCCCCUUCACCUACACGCCGGCCUGGGCAGAGGUGACCUGAGGUCCCUGAGCCAGACGCCACGUUUUGAGCCAGGCUCAGAGCCAGGGCGCUGUCAAGGAAUCAGAUGAAAAUUGCAUUUCUCCUUGGGAAUCUGCUCCAGGGCCUAUCCUCUCUCUACCUGGCAGGGGCGAGGUCGCCUUGGGGCUGUCUCCUGCCUGGAGCUACCCUUCCUCCCCCCACCCCUUGCCCCCGUUCACAGGCAGCUUGGCUUGAGCUAUGUCGGUGUUCCUGGGCCGAAGGCCAUCUCUGUCUGCUUAUGGCUGUGUCUUCUGUCUCUCAACCAAGGCAAAUUCCGGGAGCAGUUUAAGGCUGCCUUCUCCUGCUGCCUGCCCGGCCUGGGUCCCUGCGUCUCUCUGAAGGUCCCCAGCCCUCGCUCCUCUGCCAGCCACAAGUCCUUGUCCUUGCAGAGCCGGUACUCCGUCUCCAAAG